AUGAGUAAAGCACAUGAAGUAACCGCUUGGAUUGAUUUAAAUAUUAUUGAUAAAUCAUGGGGAAAAUCACUAACGAAAGAAUUCGAUGAUAAAAAAGCAAAAUAUCUUAUCGAGAGUAUGCCAGUACCCAAUACAAUAACUUGGUCGAUAUCAAACAUUGCUAAUAAUAUCGAUGAAGAGUUCGUCAGUCAACUAUUAUUGUUAAUGACACAUGAACAGUUUUUUCAGUUUGUUGCUGUAUGUAAUGCAAAUAAAAAUAACAUAUCAGAUUUAAUUCAAACGAUUAAUGAUAAAUAUAAAGCCAAAAAAUCGGUCACUAUUGUUAUUAUUGGUGCAAGUUCCUCAUUAAAUCUUAGUAAACUGUUAACACGUUCAUCAUCAAUAAAAUCUCACGAUUUAGAUAAUAUUUAUCUUGAAUUGCAACUACAAUUUAAUUGUAUUAUAAAAUUUGCUGAAAAAGAUAAUGAUCUUGCAUUACUAAUUCUUUCAUUUACAAAAGCAGUAACAGUUGCACCGGAAAAACGUUUAAAAAAUUCAUCACCAUUUUCAUUUCAUGUUGACGCCAUGAAACAAUAUAAACCGAUACGUGUUGAUAUCGAUCAAACAAAUAAAACACUAGAUCAAUUAUGGAAACAAAUCCUACAACAAUUUCCUCAUAUGGGUGUUGAACAAGCACAAGCUAUUGUUAAUCAAUAUGGAACUGUCCAAGCACUCGUACAAGCGUAUAAACGUUGCCCAACAGAGAAUGACGCAAAAUUAUUAUUAGCUGAUAUACAAGUACGACGUGGUGCUGGAGUUUUAACAACAACACGAAAAAUUGGUCCACAAAUGUCAGAAAAAAUUUGGAAACUAUUUACAUCUAUUGAUGGAAAUGAUCUUAUAUGA